GGGGGCGGAAGCUGAAAAGGCAGGGAUGGAAUGGAGAUGAGCAGGGGGGCAGAGCCAGCCAGGUUGCUACUGCUGCCAGCUCCAGGCCUCCCCCUAAUUCUCCAGACCACACAAGACCCGCAUCUGUCAUAUGACUGGGGGAGCUUUGGAAACAAGCCCAAACAUCGGUGGAGUUGGGCCCACGUUGCUGAACAGCAGCGACACAUGGCCGCCCCCGGCCUACGCGGAUUUGACCUCCGUAAUUGUCACUAGUGAAACGUGCUGAGAUGUUGCAUCCAGUUCUGUCCCAGGGCGGAGGUUAAUUGCAGGCAUUGGGAGAAGAGCCACGCGAAUGAUUAGCGAGCAGAAGUAUGUGGGUGGUGAGCUCCAGGAGCUCGCUCUGUUUAUCUUAACACAGGCUGCGAAGGGGCUCUAGUUAGUCUGUGCCAUGCAAUAGCGCAGUCUCACAGGCAUGACUAUGUCCAAUGGCUGGAAGCGGGAGCUAGACAGUCAGCCUGGAGACAAGGUGUGACGUCUAACAGGGAGGCCGCUGAACACUGGAACAAUUUCCCCAGGGUUGCGGCGGGUUCUCCACCCAGGCAAUUUUCUAAUCCAGACUGAAUGGUUUCCUAACCGCUCUGCUCCAGGACUUGGGGUGAGGUGGAUCUCUGGCUGUGAUGCAAGAGUCUGACUAGAUGCUCACAACCCUGUCCGGCCUUGGAAUCUACACCUUUGUAAGGAAUGAAAGGGUGGCAUUCCGAAAAGCAGGCCUUGCCAAGCGCCCUUGGUUUCAUUCCGUCAGGUUACAACGGUGGUUGAGACGUUACUUAGCGAUCUAGGCUGCGGAAGGCGCUCAGUUAGUACCGCACUCCGUGCUGAUUUGCACAACGCGCCCUACGCAGUGUCUAGGAACACGUGUUACAUGGCUUCAGACUGGCGGCUGACAGGUCCCCAGUGAUCGACAGGGAGUCCUUGCUGGAUGGAAAUGUUUCCAGUGGGGUUCCACUUGGCAUGUCGACCCCUCUUCAAUUGGCCAGUUAAAUGUUACGUUUAACAGGUCGACCGAUUAAACGGGCAGGCAGUCUGCAGCAGCCCUUCCCCCACCCUGCUGCUGGAGCACCUCUACCAAGGUGCGCCUGGCCUGUUGUGGACGGGGGCCCCUGGCCCCUGCCUGUUCUCCCCUUCUCUGCUGCCUCUGAUACAGAGGAGGCAGCAGCACGGGAGGGUGGGGGAGUCUUGCUUGGGGCGUGGGAGUUAGCCGUUUGCACAUGUGCACUAAUGCAUGCCUAGGCCCCGGCGAUCACUUCCAUAGCAGCUUGUCCUAUGCUUGCUGGUAAUUCUGCAGGGGGCAGUAGUUAGGUUAUGGGAUCCAACCCCAUGUCCUGCCCCCAGUCCUGGGGCAUGCCUCGGUCCCGAGGGCUUAAAGCCCGGAGUAAGCCUACCACUGCUAGGGGGUGGUUCUGCUUCUGCAGAAGAGGGUAGUGCUGGUUUGGCAUUUAAACCCACUUGAAUGUCUUGAGUGCUCGGCCAGUUCACUUCCAGCCCUGCGCUUCCUUGUGGUUGGCACUGACCACUGGGGGAGUGUUCCAUGUGCAUGGCACAACAGCAUCUUCCUCUUGGGCAUGUGUGUGUCUGGCACGAGGGGUCCUGGAUGGGCUGGGUCCUGCAGGCUGUGGCAAUGCCCUUGGCCAGAAGGGAGACAGGAAGUGCUUGGUCCUUCUGCUUCCUCACAGUCUGGACCCAGUUCUUUGGGUGGGCCUGUCAGCCAGAGAGCAGCGAUCCUUACAGCCAGCCCAGAGAAGUGUGUCUCCCCCCCUCCCCCUCCAAAUCUCCUGCAAGAGCGAGCUGGUCUCAGUGAAGCCAUUGGCCAGGCAUGUGCUACCAGUCUCCCUCCUUCCUCAGCGAGGUGCUGGCUGCAGAGUCGGUGGCAUGUCUGAACAAAGCGCUGGGCCACCUUCGGGACAUCUGGGAGGAGAUUGGGAUCCCGGAGGAGCAGCGGCUGCAGCGCACAGAAGUGGUGAAGAAGCACAUCAAGGGGCUGCUGGACAUGAUGGUUGCGGAGGAGGAGAGCCUGAAGGAGCGUCUGCUGAAAAGCAUUGCCCUGUGUCGCAAGGAGCUGGACACGCUCUGCAAGGAGCUCCAGCUGGACCCCUUUGAGGUGGGCUGCAGGGCCUGUCCCUGGGAUUCCCUGCUGUCUGUCCAGCCCGGGGCUGUGCACAGGGCCCCCGCUUGCUGGCAAGCUGUGUCCCCAGGUCUGUCCCCUGAAAGCUCGUCAGCGAGCUGGGGGGAGCUCAGCCCUGGCCUGCCACAAAUGAUUCAGGACAUGGGCUUAACAGCCUGCAGCCGGGGCGAGCUGGGAGUACUGUUGGUGCGAAUUGCACGGCCUUUCCACUCAGCCAGUCAGUCGACAUGGCCGCCCUGGCCUCUAGCGCUGCGUGCUUUCCACCUGCAGGGCCGCAGGAGGGAGGAGUUCGUCAGCAUCAAGCGGCAGAUUAUCCUCUGCAUGGAGGAGCUGGAGCAUGUGCCUGACACCAGCUUUGAGCGGGAUGUGGUGUGUGAGGACGAGGACGCCUUCUGCCUGUCGCUGGAGAACAUAGCCGCGCUCAGGGCGCUGCUGCAGCAGCUGGAGGCCCGGAGAGCUGUAAAUGAGGCUGCCUGCGGCGGGGGGCGUGUCAGAGUGGUGGCGCUGUGGGGCAGGCUGCAGGGGGGGCUGGAGGAGCUGAAGCUGCAGAACAUGAAGAGGGUGAUGGCAGCGAUCCGCGCGGAGCUGGCCGCCUACUGGGACAUGUGCUUCUACGGCCCAGAGCAGCGCCGCGCCUUUGCCCCGUACUGCGAGGAGGACUGCACGGAGGCCCUGCUGCAGCUCCACGAGGCAGAGGUGGGGCGAGUGAAGCGUUACUACGAGAUGCACAAAGAGCUCUUCGAAGCUGUUCAGAAGUGGGAGGAAAACUGGAGGCUGUUCCUGGAGCUGGAGAGAAAAGCAACGGACCCGAGCCGCUUUGCUAACCGAGGAGGCAACCUCCUGAGGGAAGAGAAGCAGCGAGCCAAACUGCAGAAGACUCUCCCCAAGGUAGGGGCUGGGGUGGGAGGCGGGGCGUGGCAGGGAAAGCAGGCUGCGAGGCCACGGGGUCUGUCCAGCUGGCGGCUGCAGCGGCUGGAGAAAGAGAGGGAGAAGCAGGAGCGGGAACUGAAGAAGAGCCGCCAGAUCGAGGAGGAGAUGCUGUACGGCAGCGCCCCCAGAACGCCCAGCAAGCGCCGCGGCCUCGGCGCCAACACCCCCGGCAAAGUGAGGAAGGUAAAUGGGCCGCGCUCCCCAAGUGCCGGUAGCCGCUCGCCCUUCGGGGGGGCGCUCUUCCACUCCCCCGUGGCCCGGCCACCGCCCUCCGGAGGCAAGCCCGGCCAGCCUGCUCGGACCCCCGCCCGCGUGGCCAGGAAGCCCCUGCUCUCAGCACACGCAGAGCGGAAUAAGGAGAACGUGUCCCAGCUGAACGGAACCGCCCUGAGUGGUGGGUGCACCCCCGCAGCCCCCGCCCAGCGUACCUGCAGCAUUAACUCUGUUGCCAGCACCUAUUCUGAGUUUGCGCGCGAGCUUUCAAAGGCUUCCAGAUCUGACAGCAGCGUCCGGAUCCUCAACUCGACCAGCACCAACCUGCACUGCUGAGGUGACGGCGGCCACCCAGGCUCUGGCUCGCGGGAUGCGCUGCAGCCUGGCUGC